UUAAAGCCACGUGUGUGUACGUUUUACCGUGCAAUUCGUAUGAAAUGUUGUAAGACGUAAAAUAUGCAGUCGUCGAAAGGAAUGUGUUUUUUUAAAUCUCAAGAACCGUGAUUUGACGACGUUAAGUAUUUAAUGUAGUGUUUAAAAGUCAAUUCACUCGGUACUGUACGUAUUAUUUCCAUUGUAUUUUUAAUGUAGGCGAAUAUUUAGCAAGUUCUAGAUUGAACACACAACUAGUGAAUAUUUCCUCGAGGUAUAAUUUGGAAUUAUACGGUAUAGUUCAAAAAUAGUUUAAGCAUUUCACAACAUUUUCGCUAAAGCAGCGUUGAUGAUCGUUAACGUCUAAACGUACCCCACCAAAUCUCGCGAUACUUUGUCCAACGCACCAUACACUGGCAUUGCAAAUCUCGCGAUAGUUUGCAAGAGGUGGCGGGGGGAAGAGACUAAUUAAAGAUUGUUUUAAUUAAAAAUGUUUUUUUUAAUUAUCUCGACAACGGUCAUUUAUUAGUUUCUUAAGGACCGUCCUUAAAUAACGUGAAACAAAAUAUGUUUUAAACGCGUUAGAGAGAGGCGGGGGGGGUGGUGAGAUUCUCUCUCAAUCCGAGGCCUGCUGCUGUGGGUAGACGCCGCGAUCUCUCUCCACCCUCGGUGUUUUUUGUUAUUUAUAACGAGCAAUGGAAGAAAGCACGGCGACCGUCAGGAACUUCCCCGCUCUGUGCAGAAUGCAGCAGGAGUUCAUAAUGAUUCGAGUCCAGGAGCCUUUCUUGCACAACAGUGAUUCAUGGCGACCGUACAUCAGCUACGAGAUCUUCCUUCACACGAACAGCAUCAGCUUCACCCGCAAGACGUCGCGCGUGAGGAGGCGCUUCAGCGAGUUCGUGUGGCUACGCCAGAAGAUGAUGAAGAACGCGUCCAUGAUAGCUGUGCCACGUCUCCCUCCGAAGGACCUGUUCUUCAACUGCUGGUGCGAUGACGAGAUCGAGGAGCGGAGGAAGGGCCUCCAGACCUUCCUCAACAAGGUGGUGGAGAUCGCCCCUCUGCUGGCCGACAGCCUGCUCCACCUGUUCCUGCAGAGCACGCUGAGCCGCCAGGACAUGGAGGGGUGCGCCAUGGGCCGGACGCCGUACUCUGUGUCGCAGGCCGUGCGGUUCCGGUGCGGCGUCCCCGGCGCCGACGGAGACGACGGCGCCACCGCGGCCAUUGUGCCCCUCAAGAAGUGGCAGGUCCUCGAGUACGGGGACUGGUUCGUCAUCGAGGAGCUCGAGCCCUUCGAGUUCCCGCCGAACCACCCGCUCGAGAUGGUGAAGGAGGAGGAGGAGCAGGAGGAGCAGCAGCAGCAGCAGCAGGAGAAGCGAGAGGAGAAGGAGGCGGAGGAGGAGGAGGAGAGGGACGAAGCGAUAGAAGACGACGACGAGGAUGAUGAAGAUGGCACUGCAGUGCCCAUUGUUAAGAAGCGUUCGACGCAGAAGGACAGAAGUGCCAGCAGCUGCUCCAGCGGCGUCUCCGUGGACAGCGUUUCCAGCAGCUGCAGCCCUCCGGCCUUGCCAGGCGAUGGGGAGUCCACGAGACGGGUGGUGCUCGCGCCACGGCCACGGGAAAACGUCGGUGGCGAUGGUGGGGACGACGACAUGACUGGCGACGUUGGCGAUGGUGGCAACGAUAAUGCUGGCGACGAUGGUGAAGUUGGCGACGUCGGUAAAAGCGAUGGUGGAAACGGUGACAUUGGCAAUGUUGGCAACAGCGAUGGCGGCGGCGAUGAUGACAACAACAACAACGGUGGCGGCAGUGGAAAUGGCGACAUUGGCGAUGGUGGUGACGUUAGCAACGUUGGCGACAGCAGCGGCGACAACGAUGGCGACGCCGAUGGGUCGGAGCCAGCGGAGAGUUCUCCUGAAAGCCGUGCCAACGGUGAAUCGGUCGACACCAGCGACAGCGCGGUGUCCGGGAACGCCGCCUCGCUGCUUUGAGGAGUGCGACUGUGUCCACGGGGGAGCGCCGUGCCCUUGCGCUGCUACUCCUGUUCUUGGUGUCCUGUUGUGCUGUUCCUGCUGCUAUUGUGCUUUUUCUAGGGUUGCCGCGAUGUCCCCUGCCGUUUAACGUCCGCGAACGAUCUGGUUCGCAGGAUGUCGUUGCAUCGCGAUUGUCGUUGCUCGUGAUGUUUUUUUUCUCUUAAAUGUUUUCUUGACGAAAUAUUUACGGAACAGAAAAACCCCACUAUGAUUAAAGUUGGAAAUAAACGCAGUAUAAUUUUUCCCCUUAAAAAAAAAGUUUCCAAGUAGCUCAUGUUAUGGAGAUGAUGACUUUAUCGCUUUCGCAGUUACUCAGAUUAAAUCGUGCGAUUGACAGCAUGCGUGUUACAAGCAUAUUAGAUUGUAAAGUAAUCGUUUAAAUUACUCGUCACAACCGCUUUCAUUAUUGCGCCCGUAAUGUUACCAAACUUCUCAAGAGUGCAAUUCUUUUUUUUGCCUAGUCCCUGGGGGCAGGCUUGUAUUAAGUAAACUGCAGAUGAAUAUAUGUUAAUUCAUCUUUUUCCCCCCCCCCCCACUAGAAGCACAGGAAUGCAAAAAAAACACACAAUUAAAAAUGUAAUCUCCAAAGUUAUGGGAAUCCGAUAUGGAAAUCACAUCGUGAAAUUUGAUCUCGUAUCGCGAGAAAAUAAAUCGCGGCAAGUCCCCUAGUUGUGUUACCCCGGGGUCUUUAACAGGGGCUGAGUGAAGUGGGGGGGCGGUGGGGGGAGACCAAAAACCGCCGCGCCGGUUACGAUUUUGAAGAAGCCGUGAGGUUGCAUCGCUGUCAAAAAAAAAAAACCCGCUGUGGCUUAAGUACGUUUUUGGUUCGGGAUGCGUGUUCGUGUCCGCAUGACUUCCCGCGUGCACAGCCAACACCGGCCGCGUUCGUAUAUCUCGCACGCCUCCGAUCAGCACGGUUGGCGGCGUGCGGUGGCUGAUAGAAGUUUCGACGUACGUAGAAGGGAGGUUUGUUUUUGUGAAUUUUAGCUGCAUGCUGUUUUACGGUGUUUUUUUUUUAUAAUGUUGUUCUUGAUCAUUAGAAUGUUUGGUGCUGGAGACUCCGCCGCUGACGUGAGCAAUGCAAGUCCGAGGAGAAUGUUUACACUUGAAAAAAACACACUAUUCCUAUUGGCGUUAAGUGAUGUUAACAAAAAAAAGAAGGGUUCGUGAUUUAAAUUUGUUGUUUUUUUUUUAAAUUAAAAAUUGAAAACGAUGAAGAUUUGUUUCAUUUCAGACACCGAUACUAUGCUUGAAUCGGUCGUGUUUUUUUUUUAUUUUUCUCACGUAAACCUCACCCAAUGCGUACGUUCCGUUUAAAGCGAGCGUGAUUGGCAUAAUUAACGCACGGUUACCGUUUUUUGAAGUAAGAUUUCAACAGCUUGGACUGCGUCUUACAUGUUUACACUUGUUUUUGUCCCCUUAAUGUAUGCGUGACCUCGUGUAAAGUGUCGAUAACUUAAUAUAAAUUAGUUAUAGCUUGAAGGACACCGUUGUAACUCUGCUGUAGAUAAUAGUUUGUGAUUGUACUAACGUCAUUAGCUGUAGUUUUGGUUUUACCGCUUAAGUUUUAGGAUGUAGCUCUCGGCGUAGAAUACAUUUAGACCCUGCGGGGGUAACUUAGCAGCAUUAUAUUAUUACUAAAAAAAUGGAACUAACUGUCGCAACAAAGCAAUGCAAGUCUCUUUGUAAUAUUUUGGUUAAUGGACCGUUGUUAAAACGAUGUGAAAUGCAAAUGUUUUUUUUUCCCUACAAUAAUACUUUGUUAAAUUGGCUCGAGUACCUCCUUCAGGGUGCCAAAGCCCUGCUCUCGAGUCUUCUCAGAAUUGGUUUCUCUUCGCGCCAUUUCGUGUUUCCGAUCGCCGCUCGGCCACAGCGUUGCGUAGCGCUACGCGGAGGGAUCAUCGGGUGCUCUGCCAAGUGCGCUGGACUUCCAAUCCCAGAGGGGGUGGCUCGUUUCUAUCCGAUGGGUUCCACCGCAGUCUGUCGCGUUGGUGGGGUUAUGGUGUGAGUGGCGCCGCACUCGCAUCGCUUCCAAAGAUGUCUGCUCAGUGUGGAGGUGGAGGCCAAGUAUCCUCUACGAGGGGUUCUCCAGAGCUCGCUCCAGUGGGGGGGGGGGGGGGGGGGGGCCUUGUGCAGGCAGUAGCUUGUACAGACAAAUCCAUUGCUGCACCUUUUAUACCCAAAAUGUUAAAUCGUGUUGCACUGCUAGUCGCAGGCUCCUCUCCCCACCCCCCAGGUCUCGCAAUCGAACUCUGAUUUCCUGCCGUUUUUUUAAUUUUUAAGCGUCGAACAUUGAACGUCACGGAAAACUUGACGCAAGAGAUAAUCUACUUCUCUGACCCCGGGGGAGGAGGAGGGGGGGUCGGUUUUUACACAGCGUGGAAACGUGCGUUGCCAAAUGACACACGCGCAGUGUGCAAGCGGAUGAUCUUGCCAUCCCCACAGACGGGGGCGGUCCGUGUCUUGCCUUUCCCGCCCCCCCCCCCCCUUUGCUCAAGAGUUGAUACAUUUGUGCUGUUCAGGUUCAGUUGUUGAAGCAGAUUGUGGUGCGGUUUGCGAUGUUAAUUCGGAUUGUGCCGCCUCUUCCUGUCCCUGUGAUUUGCAUCACAAGCGAAGUGCCUCCUGAGCGUUCAUAUUUAACAAAAAAAGUGUGGCGUUAAUUUUGAGUGCACGUUCUAUGGUGGGGGGGGGGGGGGUGGGAAUCAAGUAGUGUUAGGGAAUCAAGUGCUGUAUGCCAACUUCGUUAUGCACUGUUGCGUCGACUGUCAAAACAACAACACUGAGGUUUCAUUCGCAUGUUGUGUUCAUCCGGUGGUGUAUGUUGCGAUCCACCCGUUCACGUCGUUCAAUAUUGUACUGGCCAAAUAAAGGCAAACUCAGGUUUUCAAUUUGAA